AUGUUACGACCCCAAAUCUCCGUAUAUUUUGCCGAGAAUUAUUUUCUGUACCUCUCCCCUACUUUCAUGUUCAUUGUCUCCGGGGUAUUAAUUCAUAACAACAACAUGGAUACAAGAAGUCACAUCGCCGUCGGUUAUACCAGUGGAAAUGGUCUGAACGGCACCUCAGUGAAUUUACCACAGAGACGCCUCGCCAGACAGCACACCAGGCAUUCUGACUCCUCCGAUCGCGGCAAAUUCUCCAUGGACCUCAGUGCUAGGUUGGCACGAAUUAGCAUCAGGCACGAGGUACCCAAAACACGUGCUGGAAUGCCGCGUGCGAAACCUCGUCUAUCCCAGAGAUUAACCAGGAACAAGUACGCCACCUACGGUAUCGAUGAACAGGAAUUCACCUCCGCCCUUCAUGCUAAGUUGACAAAAGUUCACGAAGAGCAAAUCAUUCUCGGGGAGAGGGAUUCAACGCAACCUAUUCCGUUUCAUUCCCUUCAUGUUAAGUUGGAAAAGAUUCGCGAAGAUCAAAUGAUGCUCGAUCAGAGUGAUUCAAUGACAGGCAAAAUGCUCGAAGAUCAGAAGCAAAAUGAUAUCGAUGCUGCGGGAGAGGCCCAAGUCAAGAACGACGACAGCAACAACGAUCCAGCAGAGCUGGACAGCAUCGCUGUCCUACAAAAAAGGAAGACGAUCUCCAGCAACGCGGAGAAAGCGAAGAAGAAAACAUCUGCUCCCGUCCGCCGCAAGCUCAAUACCACCGGAGCCCUAUCUCACAGCGCGACCAAACAGCCUGCGACCAAAAAGGACGGCGAUAAGGAAGGGAAGAUCGUCGAAGAAAAUGUGAGACUAACCCGUGCGGCAGCAAAAAAGCAAAUCCGUGACACUCCAAGAAAAACCCGCGCCACUACAAUGAAACAAACGCGUGCUGCUCCAACAAAGGUCACCAGCGACACCGCGAUCAAAAAUACGGCCAACUUUUCUUGCAAAUGCGGAUCCGAUUAUAUCCAGCUUUCCAGAUUUCUCAAGCAUCAGAAAACCUGCAAGAUGGGUAUGAAGAAGAUUGUCGCUUAA